UCUGCGCUCGGCAGACUGGCAGAUAUUGUUGAUUUUUUAGUGCUAUUAUAGUUAAAUUUAGUGUUUUACAUAUAAAGGAGUAUUUAAGAGGAUUAAAUUUUUGAAUGAAAAAAUAAGUGAAUUCAGUUCAGUUUAGUUUAAAGCAGGUGACCAUUGUUUCCAAGAUUAUCGGGAAGAUACAGACUGUUGAUGAGAAGACCAGCAGCAGGGGUGGAGGAAUUGGAUGUUUUUGCUUUUGUCCCUAAGAAAGGGAGAGCGGAUAUUCUAUACAUCCAAUAAUAGCAAUAAUAAUUGUGAAGCGCUACGCUAGCGCAAGCACCAUCGAGAGAAAGAGCAAACGGCACGCGAACCGAAGAGAGCGCUGCAGAUCGCAAUUCGCGACAUACAGUUUUGUUUUGCUAAUCAAACUACCAACGAAGGGAGAGAAACAGGUAACCUCCUUUCGAUACAAACAACAACGUUCUAUGCAACAAAUAUACUCAUCAUUUGCAGUAUAAUCACCAUCACCUACAAUUAUUACCCAGAACAAAAGAAGUAGUGAAAAUUCAGCUAACGGCGUUAACUUAUCAUCGGCCUCAUCUAUGGAAGAACGUGGUAUGGUUAUGUCACAGGGUGCGGAUGAAGGAGGAGGAGAAGGUGGUGGAGGAGGAAACGAAGCUGGAUGUAGCGCGGAGCAUCGUCCCUUCGCUUCUGUAUGCGGCGAAACUGACGAGGCAGCAGCAAAAUCGGAAGGAAACAGUAAAAAUCCGCCAAAACAAUUACGCGCACGGUCACACGGCAAUAAGAAAAACCGGCUGCAUUUUUCAAGGAACCAGAACAAGAAUAAAAAGUGGAAGCUAAACAAGUUUAGAAGGAAUCAAAAGGAUUGUGGUAGCGGAAAAAAGAAGGAUCAGCAGAAAGGACAAGAUUGUCCUUUAAGUGGUGGGAAAGGGGAAGACAAGCAACUGCUAUCUGGUGGGGCCAAUUCAGACCAGAAACAGCAACAAGGUGGUGGGAAAAGCAAACACUCGAACAAAAAUUCGAAUAGUUUGAUGCAAGUACGAACCAAAUGCUUACAAGCGGUGUCGAAAUUUUUCUUACCGGAUAAACGUCCUCGCAAAGAUUGCAUUAUUCCACCGACAAAGUUUCUCUUAGGAGGAAACAUUUCAGAUCCAUUGAAUUUGAAUAGCUUGCAAAAUGAAUCGGAAAAUGCUAUUACCCCGAAAUCAUCCCCAAUUCCCACUCCUCCUCAUUACAAAAACAAAAUCGAAGUCAUCAUACCACCUAAUAUCAAUGAUCCGUUACAUUUGCUGGAUCCGGUAGAUUCAGUGGAAUACGAAAUGCAAUUGUGUUCCCCUAUGAAGAAAAAACAACGUGCUCGAAAUAAGCGGAAGCGAAAGUCUAAAUCCGAUAAAAACAAUCAAAGCUUGGAGACUAACAAUAGCAACGUGAGUGGUCAGUUAAGUAUAAAUCUUUCGGACACAGAAGCAACUACAGCGGAGGAAGCCCAGUUGGAAGCCCCGGCUGCGUCUACUAGCAGAGAAUUGGAUCACGCAUUGGAGGGUGGAAAUACCGGAGAUCGUGAUCGAAGUCACAAACAUUUGAAAUUGGAUUUGGAAGUUUGCAGAAAACGUCGUGUUAGCGAAAGCACUUGUGCUAGCAAAAGCAAAUUACGCCGAAUGGAUUCGAUGGAUAAAAUCGUUAGUCCCGUCGUUCCGCAACCCGGCGCUUGGAAACGUGGCCACUGGCCGACAUUACCUGUAGGUGGACGAAAUCGCACUAGAACGCAGUCAUGCACUUCUAACUGUGAUGAGCCACAACAAACUCCUAAACAAGGCAUGACGGAAAUUGAAAGUGGUUCCCAGAAUAAUGCACAGACCUCUGAGGCAACUGACACGAACAAAAGUAGUGAACAACCCAAUACUUCUGCAAUUGAUGAAGCCGAGACUGCCAAGCCUCAGGAAGAAACGAAGUAUCAUUAUGGUAAUUAUGAUCGGUAUUAUGGAUAUCGUAACUUGAACGAAUUUAUAGAUGUUCGACUUAAAGUUUUCUUGCGGAACCCAUACUUGUUCCGUGAUAAAGAUGUGCUCGAUAUAGGCUGCAAUGUGGGCCUAAUGACAAUUGCUGUAGCAAAAAUGCUACAUACAAAAAGCAUUACAGGUAUCGAUAUCGAUAGCAAGUUAAUAGCCAAAGCCAGGCGAAACUUGAUAACACACGUUCGUAUUCCUCCGGAAGAAUCAUCCAAGUCAGUACUGAAGGGUAGAAAAGAUUCCAAAUCUCUCCCUCGUAUCAAAGAAAUUAAGGCUUCUUCCAUGGAAUCACAGCCGAACACAAAACCAACGGAAUCCACCGAAGUUGUUCCGGAGUGUUCCAAAAAGGCAAAACAAAAGGGUAAACAUCAUCAUCGGCGAAAAUUUUUCGGCAAUAAUCACGCACAUGGAAAACAUCAUAACAACUAUCAUCAUCACUACCACCACCGUAAUCAACAGAACAGAAAGGAUCCUCGAAAGGGGAAAGCAGAGUUUUUCCCGAUUUCGUUUCCGUUGUCACUUAGCAAUCUAGGGGCCAAGGAAUGCCUAUUAGAUGUCGGGACCCCCGAUCGACGUUUCCCGAACAACGUGAUUUUUAAAACUAUGAACUACGUUCUCAAAGAUGAGUCUCUAAUCAGUUACGAUACACAGCAGUAUGAUUUAAUAUUAUGCUUGUCUGUUACCAAGUGGAUACAUCUUAAUUUCGGGGACAACGGAUUAAAACUGGCAUUCAAACGGAUGUUUAAUCAUCUGCGUCCUGGUGGAAAGCUAAUCCUGGAAGCCCAAAAUUGGGCAAGUUAUAAAAAGAAGAAAAAACUAACGGAAACUAUUUUCGAGAAUUAUAAAAAUAUUGAGUUUUUUCCCAAUCGAUUUCAUGAUUUUUUGUUGAGCCCAGAAGUAGGUUUCAGUCACAGUUACCCACUGGGCAUUCCGCGCCAUUUAAGCAAAGGAUUUCGGCGCCCAAUUCAACUAUACGUAAAGGGUGAUUUCACACCAAGUCAGGCACAAUGGAGCGAUACAUAUCAUCCGCAAACGCCGUAUGUAAAUAAUCACAACAUAUAUUCUGAUAUCGCUACACCGACGAGAAACAAUUGCAUUUGGGGUUCAACUACACCGUACCAACCUAGCUAUAGUACCCGUUGCACUCCGGUCCAUGGCUUCAUGGCAACAUCACCGUAUUACAAUCCACGUCAAACCGAUAGCUAUCAGCCCAGUUAUGGCGCUAGUAGUCGUCGUGGCAGUUACUGCUUUGCGUCGCCACUUUACUCGACCACCUGGUCGCCACCAUCGGAUUUGUGCCACCGGCGGUCCGCUUCGAACACGCCUAAUUCAGCUAGUAUUAGAAGUGCUGAAAACGAUGAAAACUUUUGCGCACAACAAAACCGACCUCACGUAUAUCCGCCUAUGGAGGUAUUUCCAUUGGAAGCAUCUGCUUACGCAAGAUUGCAAGGUCAGGAUUCAAGUAGUAUUCGACAGACCGAUUCGGAUUCUGAACCUUCGUCUAAUUCUGCAUCGCAAACACCAACCAGGCCCCAGUUCGAUUUGGACCAAUCAUCAAAUUCUCCAAGCACUACGCAAUCCCAACCGGACAAGUAAACAAACAAACAGUUUGACUUUUUGCACAAUACAUCGUAUUUUAUUCUGUGAUUGAAUUUCAUGUUGACAUUCAGCAAAUUUCGAAAUCAAUUUAACCCAAGAAUCGAUGCGAAACUAGUCCGCUGACGUUAUGAGUUAGAAAAAUGCAUUUUCUGGUGUUGAAGAUGUGAAGUAGUGAAAAGGGUCCAUGGUCCUUGACUUCUCUUUGUUACAUUUUGUCUUGUAUCUCAGAUAUCUACUUAGAAUAGUACUGUAUAUAGCUUAUAAGUGGAUUACAAAUCUU